AUGCGCGCACUCCGAAUCAUAGUUCUCCAGAAGGCCAUGGCACGUUACAGGAUCUUUCAUGUGAAGGUGAGCCGGAAUGUAUCAUGUGGUGCGCUUGCCUCAGGUGGCAUGAAGGACGAUCUCUCGGGCGACCCGGAGGCAGAUGAGGCCGAGCGAAGGGAUGCCGUGGCUGCUGCGUUGGCCAAUGGGGGGGUCUUCGCGGUGGACAAACCAGCAGGUCCCACCAGCGCAGAUGUCGUCGCAGGGGUGCUGGAAGCAGUGACCAAGAAGCUCAAGGUCAAGCUGGGCCAUGGAGGGACCCUGGACCCCUUUGCCACUGGGGUCUUGGUGCUUGGCCUUGGGCAUGGCACAAGAAUGUUGCAAAAGUUCCUGCAUGGUGGCAAAGAGUAUGUGGCCACAGUUCAGAUGGGGACUGAAACCGACACGCAGGACUACACGGGCCACGCGCUGCGUCGGUGCCGCUUCGACCACGUGCGGCGCGAGGUACUGGAGGAGGCCUUGCCCGGCUUCCGAGGGACCAUCUCUCAGGUGCCUCCGAUGUUCUCUGCCCUCAAGGUGAACGGCCAACGGCUUUACAAGCUGGCCAUGGAAGGGCAAGACGUGCCGCGGCCCGCCCGGGAGGUGCAGGUGGACGAACUGGAGUUACUGGAGUUCCAGCCGCCCCACUUCACCCUGAGGGUGCGCUGUGGCGGUGGACUCUAUGUGCGAACGCUGGGACAUGACCUGGCCCAAGCAGUCGGCACUGUCGGCCAUGUCACGUCCUUGCGACGGAUCGCCGUGGGCGAGUUUCGGGAGGCGGGUUGCCUUACUUUGGAGGAAGCGUUGGACCCGCAGAAAAUCGCCACCAGGCUGAGACGCUGCAGUGUGCCGAAGCGUCCAAAGAAGCGACUGCUGAGUGCGACGAGUGUGAACCGCGACGCCGAAGCCCGCGAACCGCCUCCGCUUCCACCGCUGAACGGUCCGCCUUAA